AUGCGCACACAAAACAUUAAUGAAGGACGGAAGAAAAGAAAAGUUCAAGAAGAAUGUGAGGAUAAUAAUCAUCUUGAUGAAGACCUAAUGAGAGUAAUUGAUGAUGAAGUGUCCAAUGUUAAUGUAUCAAGGCCAGAACCUUAUACUCAAAAGGAGAAACAUAUUGGUCGCUUAGGUGACUACUUCAUGCCUAGAACAACUCCAUGCGCUCAACCGACCUUAAAAAAUGUGUUGCAAGGGUAUAAAGCUCUAAAUAUGCAAAGAGUUCGUGGCUUUUUGUCAAGUAAGUUGGUUGAUGAUCUGAAGAAACUUGUUGAGAGUUAUCGCAAUCAUUCAAAAAUGCCAGAAUUGUUGUAUAGGCUUUUCAAGGAGGUGGUCUUAUUUGUUGGGGUCGACAAUGUUGUUCACAUAGUGACAUAUAAUGUUUCCAAAUAUGUUGCUGCCGCAAGGUUAUUAGAAGCUGAGUUUCCUACAUUAUAUUGGUCUCCUUGUGCAGCACACUAUGUUUAUUUGAUGUUGCAGGAUAUUGGGAAGCUCGAGGAAGUCUUGGAUUCUGGGUUUUGGAAAAAAUGUGCUGAUAUUGUCAAAAUUACUGAGCCACUUGUCCGUUUGUUACGUCUUGUUAGUGAAGAUAAACCUUCCAUGGGUUUUACUUACCAAGCUUUUUAUAAAGCUAGAGAGGAGAUAGUGAAGAGGUUCCAAACAAAUAAGAAGAAAGUGGAGCCUUACUUGAACAUCAUAGAUGGUCGUUGGGAUUCUCGACUUCGUAAGAAUCUUCAUGCUGCAGGUUACUGGUUGAAUCCAGCUUGUCGGUUUAAUGUUGAAGAUUAUGAAAAGCAUAAGAACACAAUAACUUGCCUUUAUGAUGUGAUUGAAAAGUAUUCUUGUGGAGAUCCUGAUUUGGAAUGUAAGUUGUUAAGUGAAACGAGAAUAUACAAAGAUGCUCAGUUAGAUUUUGGAAGGCCAAUUGCAGUGCGCGAAAGAAAUACAAUCAAUGGUGGGAAUCUUAUGGAUGCAACUUUUGCAAAAGUUAGCUAUUCGUGUUUUAAGUCAAACUUGUAG